UAAUAUAGAAGCUAAGGAGAGGGCAUUUAUCAACGCAUUUGCUUUACCCUACUAAGCUUAAUACAACCUAUAGCGCCACUCUCCGCCAUCUCUAACCUCUCUCUUUCUCCGCCUGAAAAAACAAAACCGAAGCAGCUCCAGGCCAAAACGACACCUUAAACAGCACCUAGAACAAGCCAUGGGAGAUCUGUCGUCAGAAAACAGCUCAAAAAAUGAUCAGACGGCGAAGAAAGUCCCGAUCCCUGGCAAGAGAAACAUACUCAUCACUAGCGCUUUGCCUUACGUCAAUAACGUACCUCAUCUCGGAAAUAUCAUCGGCUGUGUAUUGAGCGCUGAUGUUUUUGCACGAUAUUGCCGGCUUAGAGGCUACAAUGCUAUUUAUAUUUGUGGUACUGAUGAGUAUGGAACAGCAACAGAGACCAAAGCUAUGGAAGAGAACUGCUCGCCUAAAGAAAUUUGUGACAAGUAUCAUGCAAUUCAUAGGGAGGUUUAUAAAUGGUUUAAUAUAAGUUUUGAUGAAUUUGGACGGACAUCCACACCGCAGCAGACUGAAGUUUGCCAAGCAAUUUUUAAGAAGUUGUUAGAGAAUAAUUGGCUUUCCGAGAACACAAUGCAGCAGCUUUACUGUGAUACAUGCAAAAGGUUCUUAGCUGAUCGGCUUGUAGAGGGUACUUGUCCAACUGAAGGGUGUAAUUAUGAUUCUGCACGAGGAGAUCAAUGUGAAAAUUGUGGAAAGUUGUUGAAUCCAACAGAAUUAAAAGAUCCUAGGUGCAAGGUCUGUCGAAACACUCCACGCAUCCGUGAUACAAAUCACUUGUUUCUUGAGCUUCCUCUGCUAAAGGAUAAAUUAGUGAACUAUAUUGAGAAUAUGUCAGUAGCUGGAUCCUGGAGUCAGAAUGCUAUUCAAGCAACAAAUGCAUGGUUGAAAGAAGGACUAAAGCAACGAUGUAUUACUAGAGAUCUGAAAUGGGGGGUUCCAGUUCCACAUGAGAAAUAUAAGGACAAGGUUUUCUAUGUCUGGUUCGAUGCACCUAUUGGAUAUGUCUCCAUCACCUCAUGCUAUAGUCCUGACUGGGAGAAGUGGUGGAAAAAUCCUGAAAAUGUGGAGCUUUAUCAGUUUAUGGGAAAGGAUAACGUACCAUUUCACACUGUGAUGUUUCCGUCAACACUUCUUGGUACUGAGGAAAACUGGACCUUGAUGAAGACUAUAAGUGUUACUGAAUACUUGAACUAUGAAGCAGGAAAGUUUUCCAAGAGUAAAGGCAUAGGAGUUUUUGGUAAUGAUGCAAAAGAUACAAACAUUCCUGUAGAAGUGUGGAGAUAUUAUUUAUUAACUAACAGGCCAGAGGUAUCUGACACGCUCUUCACAUGGUCCGAUUUGCAAGCAAAACUGAACAAUGAGUUGCUAAAUAACUUGGGCAACUUUAUUAAUCGGGUUUUGAGUUUCAUUGCUAAACCUCCAGUUACAGGAUAUGGUUCCAUUGUUCCAGACGCUCCUAAUGCAGAUUCACAUCCCCGGACAAAGAAAUUGGCCGAGGAUGUUGGUAAAUUAUUGGGGCAAUAUGUUGAAGCCAUGGAGAAGGUCAAAUUAAAGCAAGGACUAAAAACUGCAAUGAGCAUUUCUAGUGAAGGGAAUGCAUAUCUUCAAGAAUGCCAAUUCUGGAAGCUUUACAAAGAAGACCAACCUUCAUGUAACAUAGUCAUGAGGGCUUCUGUAGGACUUGUAUAUCUUCUUGCAUGUUUACUGGAACCUUUCAUGCCAUCCUUCUCUCUCGAGGUUUUCAAGCAGCUUAACUUAUCUCCUGAAGAAGCUUCACUUUGUGAUGAAAAAGGAGAUAUUGAUAGGGCACCUUGGGAAUUCAUACCUCACAAUCAUAAAAUUGGGACACCAGAGCCAUUGUUCAAGGAAUUGAAAGAUGAGGAAGUUGAUUUCUUCCGAAAAAAAUUUGCUGGAAGUCAAGCUGAGAGGGCAGAAGCUGAAGCAGCACAGGUUGCUGAGAAAAUGAGCAAAACAAAAAUUUCAGAUGGUGGUGGCAAGAAGCAACAGACUAAAAAGCCUGCUGCCCAAGCCAAUUCAAAGAGUACUGUUGAGCCAGAAAUUUCCAUCAGUAGACUUGAUAUUCGUGUUGGCCUAAUUAAGAAAGCUCAGAAGCAUCCUGAUGCUGAUUCUCUUUAUGUGGAAGAAAUUGAUUUGGGAGUGGAAACUAGAACAGUUGUUAGUGGACUAGUCAAAUAUAUACCUCUAGAAGAGAUGCAGAAUAGGAAGGUCUGUGUUCUUUGUAACUUAAAGCCUGCAACAAUGAGGGGCAUCAAGUCACAAGCUAUGGUUCUUGCCGCUUCCAACAGUGACCACACCAAGGUCGAGUUGGUUGAUCCACCUGAGUCUGCAGUAGUUGGAGAAAGAGUUACAUUCCCUGGAUUUGAAGGUGAGUCUGAUGGCGUCCUAAACCCCAAGAAGAAAGUUUGGGAGACACUGCAAGUGGAUUUCCAAACUAAUACGGAUCUAGUUGCCUGCUACAAAGAUAUUCCAUUCACCACAUCGGCUGGAGUUUGCAAGGUUGCAUCUAUUCAAAGCGGUUCGAUAAGGUAGAUAGAUACAUUAUGCUACUGAGAAGUUCAAGUCAGAAAGUCCCAGAUUUUGACCUAUUUUUUAUGUUGUUGUUUGUCCAUGCAUUUUCAAUUGAUGUAAAAUGACCUGUGAACCAUGUAAAAAUGACAAAUGGGAAAGCAUGAAAGUGCUUCACAUGUUGCUUCAUCUAUAAUGAUCAAAUUGAAUUCUUUAUUGACAGUUUAGCUAGGAAAAAGAACAACCUGUAUCAGCUACUAGAAUGCCUACUUCAUAUAUUUUUUCUCCUAAGGUUUGUAUUCUGGCA